ACUGUCGCCUACCUGCGCCUGGGCUGCCAGUGAUCUGGGCUGGGUCUGCCCUGUGGGCUAAGGGAGCGGACGAGGCGGCGGGUGGCUCGGCGGCGCGGAGGGAGGCUGCUGACUCCCAGAGGCCGCCGUCCGGGAGAGGUGUCCUCAUGACUUCUCUUGCGGACCAUGUCCCUGAUCCUCUUUGCCUGUGUGGUAAGGGUGAGAGACGGACUGCCCCUCUCGGCCUCCACUGACUUUUACCACACCCAAGAGUUUCUGGAAAUCAGGAGGCGGCUCAAGACUUUAGCCUUGCGACUGGCCCAGUAUCCAGGUCGAGGUUCUGCACAAGGACGUGACUUCAGUAUACACUUUUCUUCUUCAGGGGAUGUGGCCUGCAUGGCUAUCUGCUCCCACCGGUGCCCAGCAGCCAUGGCCUUCUGCUUCCUGGAGACCUUGUGGUGGGAAUUCACAGCUUCCUAUGACACCACCUGCAUUGGCCUCGCCUCCAGGCCAUAUGCCUUUCUGGAAUUCGACAGCAUCAUUCAGAAAGUGAAGUGGCAUUUUAACUAUGCAAGUUCCGCUCAGAUGGGGAGCAGCUUAGAAAAGAUUCAGGAGGAGCUGGAGUUCCAGCCUCCAGCGGUUCUCACUCUGGAGGACCCAGACGUGGCAAAUGGGGUGAUGAACGGUCACAUGCAGAUGCCCUUGGAGCCUGCUCCUAAUUUCCGAAUGGAACCAGUGACAGCCCUGGGUGUCCUCUCCCUUGUCCUCAACAUCAUGUGCGCUGCUCUGAAUCUCAUUCGUGGAAUUCACCUUGCAGAGCAUUCUCUACAGGUUACCCAUGAGGAAAUUGGAAAUAUUCUGGCUUUUCUUAUUCCUUUCGUAGCCUGCAUUUUCCAGUGUUACCUGUACCUGGUCUACAGUCCAGCCAGGAUGACGAAGGUGGUGCUGAUGCUGCUCUUUAUUUGCCUGGGCAACGUGUACCUGCACGGGCUGAGGAACCUCUGGCAGAUCCUCUUCCACGUGGGCGUGGCUUCUCUGUCUUCGCACCAGAUACUGACGAGGCAGCUCCAGGAGAGGCCGUCGGACUGUGGAGUGUGAGGAACGGGCCCUUCCGUUUUCACAUGGGGGUCAUCUGUGCGUCCCUUUUGGCUUCUCAACUUCACCUCAAGUUUCCAUCCUUGAAGUUCAUUUUGACCAGACUGGACUGAGCGAGACUGGGGACUUCUAACAGGGGCAGUGGAGGCACGAGGUCGCUCGAUGCCCAGGCCCGGUUUCGAGCGGAGCGUUACUGCUGGCUCUCCAGUUCGGCACGCUGAGACUCUGGGCUCAAUUCAGACAGAGCGUAUUGGAAGCCCAGAAGGGAAUUCUUUUGGUCUUUUAAACCGAAUGAUGCAAUAAACCACUAGAUUCAGUAGUGCUAGUGUUAGUGAUAGGCAGUUGUCUCUGAGGAACCGAGUUCAAAUCCAUAUCAGCGUUUCAGUCUCCAUGUGACUUGAUUAGGUUUUUUUGAGGGUCAGUACAGGGUGAAUUAAAAACUUAAAAAUAUGGUUCAUGAAUUAAGCAAGAUAAAUUUUGUUUACAUUUUUGAUAACUUAGAAUAGUUAUCAAUAUGAUACUUUUAGAACAGUUAAAUAUAUUUUGGAUAUAAAGUGAACUUAUCUACAUUUAGGGUAAGGACAGACGUAAGCUGAGAAAAUGGUUAAGAAAGCUCAGUUUAUUUAAUUUAUAAAUAUAACCUUGUAUGGUGGUGGGGACAGGGUGGGUACGGCAAUGUUUUGUAUGUAUUUGCAGGGCAUAUCUGAAUAUUUUAAAAAUUAAUUGAGCAAGAUUCCUUGCCGUGGGCCGUGAACGGGAGCAGGGGAGCCACACGGACUCACGCAGGCGCACUUUACGGACGCAGGUGGGAGAGGCUGCUGCCGUCAGCCUGGCGCACGGCAGCCGGGGCCUGUCAUUUCAAUGAUGAGCCCCUUGACCCUGCGUACCUGUUCCCAGAAGACCUCCCAAGUUGAUCACUCCUCUCCACCUUUCCAGUCAUCUUCAUUGGGUCAAGGGCCUCAUUUUUUACGAAUAAGAGUUCAGUAGGUGUUACCUUUUUAAAAGCUUUACAAACAUAUAAUUAAUCCUGUGCUCGGAAAAGCUUUUCUUUAUCUCCCUGUCAAAACGCUGAUUGAUCGUAGUUUCCCUAAAUGUGGCUCUGAGUCAGAUCUUAGCUGGUCCAGUACCAUUCAGGAGCCAUUCCGGAAGCUUGCCCCUAGAUUGUUCUUGGUAGAAGUCUGGGAUCCGAAUAGCUCAACCACAGUUGUAUGGGAUACUCGGAGUGGAAUUAUGUGGUCCUGAUAAAUUUUAAAAUCCUAUUUUGAUAGUUUUUAUAAGUUGGAAAUCAGUGCAAGAGAUAUUGCGCCCAGGAGCAAGCAAGGAUAUUGUUUCAGUGGGUUCGGCCGUCCUCGGUUCUUCCUGGUGGUGUGUUGUUACUGAGCUACCUUGGUAUCACUUUAAGAAAAACAAGUGUAUGUGGCUGGGAACUGUUGGGGAAAUGUUGCCAGAGUGAUUUUAUUUUCUUAUAAUGGAAUUUUCUAUUUUUACUCAAAUAAAAUAUCUGGAUGUGAAAGUUCUGCUGGCAA